AUGCGCGGCGGCGCAGAGCGAGGGCCAGUUACCUGCCGGCCUGCCGAGAUGGAUGGCGGCAAGCUAGCGUCCGCUAUUUCCAUGGAAUCGCUCAAUUCCGUCAGCACUGAGUCCUGCUCACAGGUUCGCACUCUGUUCGUUUCGGGGCUGCCGAUGGAUGCAAAACCUCGCGAGCUCUAUUUGCUAUUUCGUGCUUAUCGCGGCUACGAGAGCUCACUGCUAAAAAUGACGGCUAAAAACGGCAAACCGACUUCGCCGGUGGGUUUCGUGACGUUUCAGACGAGCAAGGAUGCAGAUGAUGCUCGCAAGGCACUGCAAGGAGUGCGUUUUGACCCGGACUGUGCGCAAGUGCUUCGUCUUGAACUUGCCAAAUCGAAUACGAAGGUCAGUCGGCCGAAACAGUCACCACCACCCGUUAUUCCUAUCGCUGCCCCCUCCCUACAGACGAUGCCUCAAUUUCUGGCCCCUCUACAACCUGCAGAAGCCAUAGUUCUCGAUCAGCACCCUUUACUUCUGGACCAACAUCAGCUGCUUUCUCUCAGUCUUCCUCGAUUUCCCGCCACUGCUCAAUCUCUGCCUUUUGCUGGUAUUCUGCAAUCUGAUGGCGCCUAUCACCAGAAUGCUGCUAUAUUUCAAGCUUUGGGGCUAGGGGCUCAAAACCCGGCGCUUCAGGGUUGUUCCACACUGUUCGUCGCGAAUCUAAGUCCUGGGGUCACCGAAGACGAGCUGCGAUCUGUAUUCAAGGCAUUCGCUGGUUUCACACGACUUCGAAUGCACACGAAGAACGGUUCCUCGGUGGCUUUCAUUGAGUACUCGUCGUUGGCUUCGGCAACGAGUGCGAUGAUGGCCUUACAGGGAUUCCAGCUCGGCUCUUCCGAACGUGGUGGUUUGCGGAUUGAGUACGCCCGCAAUAAGAUGGCUGACGUGAAUGGUUGA